UUUUAUAAAUUUACCAUAUAUUGGUAAUGUAGUUCACUGUACAUCCAACAUGACGACUUACAGUUGAACACGUGCGAUUUGCUCUAAUAGUGUGUAACCUCUUUACUUGGAAUAAAGAUAAACAAUAAUGGAGAAAACAGAAAAUAUCAAGUAUCCUGGUAAAGCACCUGUAAGUAAGGAAAAGCUUGAGAAGUAUGGAAGAGGCGAAGGAUUAAACCUGAAGAAAGGUUUUAGCAGAGUAAAAAAUAAAAUUCAUCGUCAGAGAUUAAGAGUGAAAGAAAGAGUGAUAGAAAAUGCUAUAGAGCAAGCAGCACGUACAGAGCUACUCUUAACCGAGGAUUAUGGUAUUCUUGAAAAGGAUGCUGGAGAAACUACAACUCAGUUUAAACAAAAACAAAUUGCAUCCAAUGUAGAUAUCACAAGUGCUGCAAAACAGUUUGAAUUACAAUUAGAGUUUGGACCAUAUUGUUUAAGAUAUACUAGAAAUGGACGAUAUUUAGUGCUUGGUGGGAAAAUGGGUCAUGUUGCUGCAUUUGAUUGGGUAACAAAGAAACUAUCGUGUGAAACAAAUGUGAUGGAAUCUGUACAUGAUGUGGCAUGGCUACAUAUAGAAACAAUGUUUGCAGUAGCACAGAAGGAAUGGGUGUAUAUUUAUGAUAAUCAAGGAAUAGAAUUGCACUGCUUAAAACGAAUGAAUGGAGUGACACAGCUAGAAUUUUUGCCAUAUCACUUUCUCUUGGCUAGUUCAUCCCGUGAUGGACAUUUGGCUUGGUUAGAUGUAUCAAUAGGACAAAUAAUUUCCCGCUACAAUUCCAGAUUGGGAAGUAUAUCUGUAAUGACUCAAAAUCCAAGUAAUGCUAUUCUAUGUGUCGGAGGCUCUAAUGGUGUAGUAUCCAUGUGGUCACCAAAUUCACAAAAGCCACUAGCAAAGAUGCUUUGCCAUAAGCAGGCUAUUUCAUCCUGUACAAUUCAUCCCCAUGGAACAUAUAUGGCCACUAGCUGCCCAGACCGAACCCUGAAAGUUUGGGAUGUACGACAAUUAGCAGGACCUGUACAUACUGUCGUUUUAAGGUCUGCUGCACAAAAACUCUGUUACAGUCAACGUGGUCUUUUGGGUGCAGCCAUGGGCAAUGUAGUCGAGGUUUAUAGGGAAUCAGAAGGUGAAAUGACCUCUUAUUUACGUCACAAGGCUUCCUGGGGAAUAACGGGAAUGCAAUUCUGUCCUUACGAAGACGUUUUAGGUAUAACAACAGCUAAAGGUUUUGCAUCGCUUCUUGUACCUGGCAGUGGAGAAGCUAAUUUCGAUGCUCUAGAAGUGAAUCCAUUCCAAACGAAGAGCCAGAGACGAGAAGCGGAAGUGAAGGCUCUUCUUGAUAAACUUCAACCAGAAUUAAUCACACUUGACACAACUACAAUAGCAGAGGUGGAUAUUCCCACUCUGCAAGAUAAGAUAGAGGCCAAGAAAAAGCUUCUGCAUGUCAAGCCCAAAAAGAUCGACUUCAAACCACGUAAGACAAAAGCCAAAGGCAAAGGUGGUACUGCAAAGGUGAUAAAAACUAAAAAGAUUCUGAAUGAAUUAGCAAGACGGGAAACUGCGGAAGCGAUGCGAGAACAAAAAAUGGAGGAAAGUGGAAAGAAAAAGGAGGAACUAAAGGAUUAUGGAGUAUUAAACAGAUUUCUACCCAAGACAAACUAAUAUCACAUUUGUCAACAAUUCAAUUUGCCAAAAUAUUUAAAAACAAUCUAAUCACUGUACCAUAUAUGUCUUUUAAAUAAAAUAUUAAAAAAUA